AUGGCAACUUUGAAUCAAUUCACUAUUGCUCAUAGUAAUAAUAGUAGUACUAAUAGUAGUACAAAUACUGAAAAUGAUCCAACAAAGAAUUGGCAAAGUACAAUUUUAUUCUAUGUGAACGGAGAACGUCAUGAAAUUACAAAACCAAAUCCAAACACAACACUUGCAAAUUAUCUUCGUAAAAAGUUACAUUUAACCGGUACAAAGGUUGCUUGUGGUGAAGGUGGAUGCGGAGCAUGUACAGUUCUUGUAUCACAUUAUGAUCAUUUAACAAAUUUUGUAGUGAAUAGAAGUGUUAAUGCAUGUUUAUUUCCAUUAAUUCAAAUAGAUGGAUGUGCUAUUGUAACAGUUGAAGGUAUUGGUAAUAAUCAUUCAGAAGAUGUAUUACAUUUAAUUCAACAACGUUUUAGAGAAUUUGGUGCAUCACAAUGUGGUUUUUGUACUCCUGGUUUUGUUAUGGCUUUAUAUUCUUUAUUGAGAAAUAAUCCUCAUCCAUCUCUUGAGGAAAUUUCAAGAGCAUUUGAUGGUAAUUUAUGUAGAUGUACUGGUUAUAGAUCCAUUUUUGAGGCAGCUGCUACAUUUGCACGUGUUCAUGAAGAUUCUGAAUAUCAUCCAGCAAAAAGUGUUUGUAGUAUGGGUGAUAAUUGUUGUAAAAAGACAGGUGAAUCUUCUAAUGAUUGUGGUGGUGGUAAUAGUAAUAAUAAUACUAGUAAUAAUAAUGGUUGUGGUAAGAAUGAUUGUUGUAAAAAAUCACCAACACAUGAAAAUGAUCAACAUUCAAGAAGUAAUGUAAUUGGUAAACAUUUAUAUAAUCUAGUUGGACAAAAACAUCCAUUAUUUCCACAUGAAUUGAGAAGAUAUAAUCCAAAUGAAAGAUCACUUUGUGUUGAAUCACCUGUACAAUCAGGAUCAGAUAGACAUGAAACUAAAACUAUUUAUUAUAGACCUUCUAAUUUAAAUGAAUUUUUAUAUUUAAGAAAGAAAUAUGAACAUGAAAAACAUUUACGUAUCAUUUGUGGUAAUACUGAACUUGGUAUUGAAACUAAAUUUAAAAAAUUUGAUCAUUAUAGAUAUUAUAUUGAAGCUGUUAGAAUUCCUGAAUUACUUGUUAAAAAAGUUAAUUAUAUUGAUAUUAAUAAUACUAUUAAUAAUAACAAUGAUACUAUUAAUAACAAUGAUGAUACUAUUAAUAACAAUGAUAAUGAUAAUAAUAAUAGAAUUGCUAAAAGUAUUGAAAUUGGAGCAUCAUUAACAUUAACAAAUUUAUAUAAUUAUUUAAAAAGUUUAAUAGAUGAAUUACCAGAAUAUCAAAUUCAAGGUAUUAAAGCAGUAUGUGAACAAAUUGAAAGAUUUGCAUCAAAUUCAGUUAGAAAUGCAGCAUCAUUAGGUGGUAAUAUUGUAACUGCAUCUCCUAUUUCUGAUUUAAAUCCAUUAUGGUUAGCAAUGGAUUGUUCUUUAAAUAUUAUGAAUUCAAAUGGUAAUAUUAGAAUUGUACCUUUUAAUCAAUUCUUUUUAGGUUAUAGAAAAGUUAAUUUAUUAGAUGAUGAAAUUGUUAUUUCAAUUAAUAUUCCUUUAUUUAAUCAUUUUAAUACAUUAUCUUAUAAUAAUAUUAAUAAUAUUGAUAAUAUUAAUAAUAAUAAUACUAUUACUAAUAAUAACAAUUUAAUUGAAAUAGUACAUUCAUAUAAACAAUCUAAAAGAAGAGAAGAUGAUAUUGCUAUAGUAACAUCAGGUAUGAGAAUGAUUAUAGAUAAAAGUAAUGGUAUUAUUAGAGAAUGUAAAAUAUCAUUUGGUGGAAUGUCAUUUAAAACAUUAUUAGCAGAUGAAACAAGUAAAUAUUUAAUUGGAAAGGAAUUGAAUGAACAAGUAUUUUUACAAUCAUUAGAAUUAUUAAAACAAGAUGUACCAUUAAAAGAGAAUGCACCUGGUGGUAUGAUUGAAUAUAGAUGUUCAUUAACAUUAUCAUUUUUAUAUAAAUUUUAUAUAAGUGUUUUAAAAGAAUCAAAAUUGAGAGAAUUAACAAUUGAUGAAGAAUCAGUAUUAGAAUCACAAUUUAUUAAACCCUAUCCAAGAGGUGAACAAGUAUAUAGACCAUUAAAAGAACAAGGUACAAGUGUAGGUAAACCUAUACCACAUAAUUAUAGUCAUUUACAAGUAACAGGUGAAGCAACCUAUGUACAAGAUAUACCACCUCAAUCAAGAGAAGCCUAUGCAUAUCCUGUUUUAUCAACUAAACCAUUUGCUAUUAUUAAAAAAGUAGAUUAUAAUAGAGCAUUAACAUUUGAAGGUGUUAUUACAUGGGUUGAUUAUAAAGAUGUUAAAGGUUCAAAUAGAUGUGGUGCUGUUAUACAUGAUGAAGAAGAAUUAUUUUUAACAAGUGAAACUACUAGUUGUGGUCAAUUAAUUGGUUUUAUUAUUGCUGAUUCUCAUUUAAAAGCAAUGACUGCUGCUAAAUCUGUACAUGUUGAAUAUGAAGAAUAUCAAAAUCCUAUUUUAUCUAUUCAAGAUGCUUUACAAUUUAAUGCUCCUUCUUUAAUUGAUAGAAGAAUAUUUAGAGGUGAUGCUAUUAAUAGAUUAAAUGAAAUUAAACAAUUAAUUAAUAAUGAUAAUUCAAAUAAUAAUAAUAAUAAUAAUAACAAUGAUAAUAAUGAUAACAAUGAUAAUACUACUAGUGAUAAUUCUAAUUCUAAUAGUAAUGAAGAAUAUGAAAUAAUUGAAGGUGAUUUAAAUAUUGGAGGACAAGAACAUUUUUAUUUUGAAACACAAUCAUGUUUAAUAUUACCAGGUAGAUAUGGAAUGUCAGGAGAUGAAGGAGAAUAUGUUGUAUUUUCAUCUACACAAUCACCUACACAUACUCAAUCUAUUGUUGCAAGUGCAUUAGGUAUACCAGAUCAUAAAGUUAUUUCAAAAUUAAAAAGAUUAGGUGGUGGUUUUGGUGGUAAAGAAAGUAGAAGUUGUAUUUUAGCAGGAGCUGUUGCAGUUGCAGCACAAAAGACUAAUAGACCAGUUAGAUGUAUAUUAGAUAGAGAUGUAGAUAUGCAAUCAUCUGGUCAAAGACAUCCAUUUUAUUCUAAAUAUAAAAUAGUAAUUAAUAAGAAGACAUUAAAAUUUGAAACAGUACUUGUUGAUACAUAUGCAAAUGGAGGAUAUUCAUUAGAUUAUUCUAAAGGAGUAUUAGAAAGAGCAUUAUAUAGUUUUGAUAAUGUUUAUUAUUUUCCACAUAUUGAUUUGAAAGGUAAAGCUUUAAAAACUAAUUUACCUACAAAUACUGCUUUUAGAGGUUUUGGUGGUCCACAAGGUUUAAUGAUUUGUGAACAUAUUAUUGAACAUGUUUCACAUUAUUUAUCUGUUAAAUAUCCAAAUUUAAUUAAUCAAUUCAUUUUAAAUCAUUUAAAUCAAUAUAAUAUUUUAAAGAAUGUUAUUUUACCUUCUAUUCAUUUGAAUGAUAAUAUUAAUGAUACAACUAUUAAUAAUAUUAAUGAUACUAUUAAUAAUACAAAUAAUACAAAUAAUAUUAAUAAUAAUACUAUUAAUAUAAAUACAAAUAAUAAUAAUAAUAUACAAUUAAGUCAUUUAAUUAGACAAGUUAACAUGUAUGAAAAAGAGAAUGCUAUAACACCAUAUAAAAUGCCAAUUGGUGAUGUUCAUAGAAUUAUAUUAAUGUGGGAUAGAAUUAUUGAAAUUACAAAAUAUCAAGAAAGAUUACAACAAGUGAAUGAAUUUAAUAGUAAAAAUAAGUAUCAAAAGAGAGGAUUAUCUUUAAUUCCAACUAAAUUUGCAAUUUCAUUUGGAGUUUCAUUUUUAAAUCAAGCAAGUGCAUUAAUUAAUAUAUAUAGUCAUGAUGGUAGUGUAUAUGUAUCACAUGCAGGUACAGAAAUGGGACAAGGUGUUUCAAUUAAAGUUGCACAAUGUGUUGCUUCUUCAUUAGGUAUUCCAAUUGAAUUAAUUCAUAUUGGUGAAACUUCAACUGAUAAAGUACCAAAUACAUCUGCUACUGCUGCUUCUGUUGGUUCUGAUUUAAAUGGUUUUGCUGCAAAGAAUGCAUGUGAAAAAAUUAAUCAACAAUUAUCAUCUUUAAAACAAUCUUUAUUUCCACAUUUAUUUAAGAAGAAUUAUUCAAAUGAAUCUAAUACUCAAUCUAAUGAUAAUACUCAAUCUAAUCAAUCAAAUCAAUCAAAUGAUAAUACUCAAUCUAAUCAAUCAAAUAAUAUUCAAACAAAUCAAACAAAUGGUGAAAAUAAUAAUAAUAUAACAACACCUCAAUUAAGUAUUGAAGAAUGGAAGAAAUUAGUUAAAGAAGCCUAUAUGAAAUGUAUACCAUUAACAGCUACAGGAUAUUAUAACACACCUAAUUUAUAUAUGGAUUGGGAUAAAAGUGAAGGUACACCAUUUUCAUAUUUUACAUAUGGAGUAGCAUGUAGUGAAGUACAAAUUGAUACAUUAACUGGUGAUUGGACAUGUUUAAAAACAGAUAUUGUAAUGGAUGUAGGUGAUAGUUUAAAUCCUACUAUUGAUAUUGGUCAAAUUGAAGGAGCAUUUAUACAAGGAAUGGGAUAUUAUACAAUGGAAGAAUUAAUAUUUGGAGAUAAAGAACAUCCAUGGGUACAACCAGGUCAUUUAUUUACUAAAGGACCAGGUAAUUAUAAAAUACCAUCUGGUAAUGAUAUUCCAAAUGAAUUUAAUGUACAUUUAUUAAGAGAUGAACAAAAUAGACAAUUUCCAUCAUCUGUAUUUUCAUCUAAGGGUGUUGGUGAACCUCCUUUAUUCUUGGCUUCAUCUGUUUUAUUUGCUAUUAGAAAUGCUAUUGCUGAUUUUAGAUCUAGAAAUUGUAAUAAUCCUUCUUAUUUCAUUUUAGAUUCACCAUGUACAUGUGAAAGAAUUAGAAUGUUAUGUGAAGAUGAUUUUACAAGACAUUUUUAUAAUAAGAAUAUUAAUGAUAUGGAAAAUAAUGAAAAUAAUAAUGAACAUGUUGAAAAUGUUGCAUUUAGAGCAAAGGGUAGUUUUUAA